UGGUCUUCCUGUCAAUCGCUCUCCUUUCUUUUGCUGUCGCCGCGAGCGGAGCAAGAUGGCGCUGCCGGGCGCUUAAAGGAGCCUUCUUCUGCUUCUACUGAAACAAAUGGCUAGAGGUGGCUCCCACCCUCCCUUAUGCUGUCCAAGGUGAGUUAUUGGAAGGAAGGAAGUAUGUGGGGUUGAGCUAUCUUGCAGUAAGGAGGAGAAGGGGUUCGGGGGAAAAGUGGAAGGGAGCAUAAAUCAACUGACGCCGCUCGCGCUCCAGGCUGCGACCGGCGGCCAACUGGUUCGCGCCCCGAGGGGUUGCCAGGGCAACGGAUGUAAUCAAAGUGGAGGUUUGAGGCCGAGGGGGAAGCGUCCGCCGACCGGCCUGGGACUUCUUCUCUUCCCCUCCCUCCCAAGUCCGGUACUGUCGUGGUUCAGUUUUUCAUCUAGUAAUAUGAAGCAUUCUGAGCAAUGAGGAAAGGCCGACCAUCAAGAGCAUCAUUUCGAAACAAGCAGACAAUGUCUCCAUCUCGCACUCAGAGUCCAAUGAGUCUGAGCAGCAGGUCACCCUCUCCAGCUACCAGAGAAGGAUCUCUUGCUACUUAUCUAGUUACAGAACAAAGGUAUCCAGGAGAUGUAGAUGAAGAAAAUGAUUUAGCAAUUCCCUUGGAAUAUCAGGAUGGACAAGGUGACAAUGGAAUCAGUCCAGGUAUUAGAUACAUAACAGAGCCUCUUAUCAAGAAACUGUCCAAACAGGAAAAUUUGGCACGUGUAACUUCUCUGAAUCUUUCCCUUUCAAAAGAUGGGGGAAAGAAGUUUAAGUACAUAGAAAAUGUGGAGAAGUGUGAGAAACUUGAAGUCCUUAAUCUCAGUAACAAUCUGAUUGAAAAAGUUGAAAAACUGGAUAAACUUUUAAAGCUACGGGACCUCAAUCUGUCCUACAACAAAAUAAGUAAAAUAGAAGGUAUCGAACACAUGCACAGCUUGCAGAGAUUGAACCUAGCUGGGAAUGAAAUUGAGCACAUCCCAGCAUGGAUAGGGAAGAAACUCCGGUCCUUGCGCACCUUGAAUUUGAAACAGAAUAGAGUAUCCUCACUCCAUGAGGUAGCUAAAUUGAAAUCCCUGAAAGACUUGACUUCUCUGUUCCUGGCUGACAAUCCUAUUGUAAACCUACCUCAUUACCGUCUUUACUCCAUUUUCCAUUUGAGGUCAUUGGAAGUAUUUGAUGGACAGCCAGUGACAAAUUGUGACAGGGACGAGGCUGUUUUAAGAUUUAAUAUAGAAGAGAUAGAAAAUCUAGAAAAGGACUUGGAAAAAAACAUGAAAGAGAUGGAAGACCUUAAAAACAAACAGACCAGCCUGCUUGAACAGCUUCAGCAGCAAGAUGACCUGAACAAAUUGUUAAAACAAAAAAACAUGCAACAAAAACAGAGCUGUAAAGAUUUGGAAAGUGAGGUGGAGACAAAAAAUGAACUGUUCUUUCUUCUGCUACCUACUGGAACCUUGCUGCAUGCUGCCCUUCAGCUAAAGCAGAAGACAGUGGAAUUAACCAGAGCCUGUCAUAAACAGUAUGAGCUGGAGCAAGAGCUGGCUUUCUAUAAGAUCGAUGCCAAGUUUGAACCGUUAGGUUAUUUUCCAGUGGAGGAUGUUGAAAUCGGUGAUAUACCGGGUGAAAGCCCUUACAUUGGGAAAGCCAGAUACAAAAGGAACAUGUUUGCCGUGGAAGGUUACAUUCCCAAUAAGGCACAGAAAAUACAAGUAGGAAGGCUGGAUCGGGAGGAGCAACAAAAAGUCCAGCAGCUUAAACUUGAUGAAGAAUUUGAGGAAAAACAAAAGAAGAUUCAAGCAGCCCAAGAAAGACUGGCUAAAUUGCAAGGGGAGAUAUUCAGCGCAGAGCAACGUGUUUUAAAAGCAACAGAGGAGCUUAACCAAGUCCAAAAUGCUGUGGCUCAGAGAAAGAUGUCAGCAGUAGAAAAGGAGUGUCUACGAGAUCAGCUGAGCAACAAGAUAUUGCUCCUGAGCCAGCUGCGAGAAGAAGCUGUGGAACUAGAGAAACAGGUGGAAAAGCAGAGGCAAGAAAUGGCCAAAACAGAGAAGGACUUAGAAGAUCUGCAGAGUUGUAUAGAUUCUUUGGAUCCUAAAGACCCAAGACAUGCUCAUGUGAAGGCUCAGAAAGCAAGCAAACAGCAGCAACUUGACAUGAUGAACAAGCAUUGCGAACAGCUCGAAGUUCGCUUGGAUGACAUGCUGUCUCGUAUUGCAAAGGAAACCGAGGAAAUCAGGGACCUGGAACAACAGCUCACAGAUGGCCAAAUUGCAGCAAAUGACGCACUGAAGAGAGACCUGGAAGGAAUUAUUGCUGGGCUGCAAGAAUAUCUGGAGAGUGUCAAGGGUCAGGCCAAACAGACCAGUGAUGAAUGCAGGGUAUUGCGGAAGGACAAAGAAGCAUUGCUCCAAAGACUGGAAGAGCUGGAGGGUGAGAGAAGCCAGCUGGAAAUAGUCGCCAUGGAUGCAGAAAACCUAAGAAAAGAAAUUGCAGACCUUGAACAUGCUCUCCAUGAGCAGCGAGAACUCAAUGACUCCCUGCAGGAGGCCCAGGGGGAACGAAGCACUUAUGAGGCUCAGCUGGAAGCAGAGCUGAAAUCCCGUGAUGCCGAAGCCAGCCAACACAGGGAAGAAUUGGAAAGAGUAAAACGGCUUAGUCAGCUGGAACAGUCUGCUCUGCAAGAUGAACUUAGCAAAGAACGACAAGCUUUGGAAAAUGCUCUGGCCAAAGUUCAGUUAUUGGAAGAAAAAGAGAAGGAAAAUAACAAGCUCAAACAGCUGCAGAAAGACAAUAACUUUUUGAAACAACAAGUUAAAGAUAUUCAAAACCAACUGAAUCAUGCCAUGAACAACUUAAUUCAUCCUGAAGAGGUGUCUGCUCGUGUGAGUGAACUGAAAAGAAAAUUGCAGACUGGAACAGAAAUCAGGCCACAUAACUCAGAGGAUGUUUUAGGGGAAAGCCUCGCAGAUCUUCAGACGGAGUUUGCUGAGAUCCUUGCUCAUUCACAGCAGGAAAAUAAAGCAGCACAGGCCAGAGCAAAGGAGCUGCAGAAGGAGAUGGCUUCUCAGCAAGCUAGGCUGGAAGAGGCGCAAGAGAGCUCCAGACUGGCCUGCAACAAGGCUGCAGAAGCCAAAAUUAAAUCUGAGAAGAGGCAGAAUGAAAACAGAGUUCGGAAGCUAGAGAAUGAGAUCUUGAAACUAACCGAAAAGCUGAAGGGCAUGGAAGAAAUCCAGUCCCUCACCGAUCAACAGCUACAAGAUGCUGAGGAAGGGAAAGAAAGAAUUCUUGCUCAGCUAGAAGACUUGGAGAACAAGAAAAUUGCAGAAGAUGCCAGGUCACAAAGGCAGCUGCUUGGCAUCAGUACAGAACUGGAAGAGUUAAAACAAGCAAUAUCUACUUCGGAUAAACAGGCAACAGCAGAACUCUGUGCUGCCAAAGAUCAGCUCCAGUCACUUCAUGGGACUGUUCACAGAAUUAAUCAGGAACGUUCUGUGGAGCUUCAGGAAGUGGAGAAGUCCUCUAAGGAGGCCACUCAGGCCUUGAAGGACCUUGCCAGAGCAGAAGAAGAAAUAGAAUUGUUGCAGAAACUUUUGAAAGACAAGGAGGAGCAGUUUCAGUACAAAGUGGAAAAGGCUGAUGCUCAAAUGGCUACCUCAGAAUUUCAGAAAGACCAGAUCAAGAAGCUAAACCAGCUGCUGAAUCGUCAGAAAGCAGAAAUUGACCGACUACGAAAUCUGUUAGAGCAGGCUGGGGCAGGCAACAAGGAAGAAAUUGGCAAAAUACUGGAUGAGAUUGAAGCACUCAAGCACACCAUCUCGGACCAGAAUCACACCCUUGCUGGUGUGCUAGAUCCGCGGAAACAAAGAGGACAUUUGUGUUACAUGCCAUCAUCAUCGCAGGCAUCUACUCCUGCAUCUCAGAGUACCAAAGAUUCUGGAGUUGGCCUCCAGUGUCCCCUGUCCACCCCAAUGGGAAAAGGGCAUGGGGAGGGUAAGCCAAACAAGAAGGAAGCUACUGUCUCCCCCACCACCAGAACCUGCUGGACAUAUACACCGGUUGGAAGUGGCAUGCCGGAAUCUCCCUCUCAUGGAGAGAACCAUGAAGACUCCAUUUGCGGCACCUCUUCCUUUGUACCACCUCCUGGUCAUGUCAUUUAUGCCUUGUCACCAGAAGGGGUUCCCGUACCUCCAGGAAUGGUGGUAUAUGGUCCUCCUCCUGCAGUAGCCAGCGGAGGACAGCUAGCCCCCUCUACAGUUGUAUAUGGACCGCCUCCAGUGGGAGCCCAGCUAGUUUACAGCCCUCUUCCUGCUAACAGUUCAAUGCCUCUUGUCCCUGUUGGAGUCCUUCACUGCAACAUACCUGAGCACCAUAAUUUGGAGAGUGAAAUCUCAAGACUAAAAAAUACAUUGGAUCAGUUAAAGUGUCAGAGGCAAGAUGGUGACCAUAAUCACAACAGGGAAGAAUUGUACGAUGACAUCGAAGACCUUUUGAAUGAAAGAGAAGAGCUGAGGCAUGAAGUAGCAGAGUUGAAUAGGGCAGCCCAGAAACGAAGUAAACGCAAGGACUUCAUUGAUGGGCACACGAACAGCCUCAUUGCAGAGCUGGAGUUGGAGAAAUCUCUCCAGCAUCAAGAAGACAUUGCAGAUGAAAUCGAAUGCGUAGAAAAAACUCUUCUGAAGCGGCGAGCGGAACUCCGGGAGGCGGACAGACUUCUUGCUGAAGCAGAAAAUGAACUUGAAAACACUCGAGGAAAAACCAAAGACACAAUUCAGAAAUACAACCGUGCCAAACAACACUUGACUCGGACUGAAAAAGAAGCCGAGGAGCUUGAGCGACGCGCUCAGGAGAUGGCAGUGAGGCUUGUAAAGGCAAAUCAGCAACUAAGGUUGCUUCAAGCAGAUGCAAAGGACUUAGAGCAGCACAAGAUGGAACAAGAAGGUAUCCUGAAGGAAAUCAACGAAGUUGUGUCAGCAAAAGAUUCUGAAUUCCAGUCGCUGAGCCAGAAGAUUGAAAUACUGACGGAAAGCCUUCAGAAGCUGCAGGCAGAUAUACAAGUUGCGGAAGGUAACGAAGACCAUCAUCUUCAGAUACUUAGAGAAGCAGAAAGUAUUUUACAGAGCAAGAAAAGUGAGCUGGAGAGACUGAAGGAUGAGAUGGCAGUUCAACAGCAAGAGUUGCUGAGUUUGGAUAGAUUGCUUGGUCAAAAAAAGGAAGAACUGCAUCUUCUCCAAGAUAACAUUGCCCAGAAAAAUGCUGACCUCACAGAAGCUCUCAGGGACGGCGAGGCCGACGUGGCUGAAAAGCGGUGGCAAAUAAAGGAGGUGAAAUCUUUGUUAGAAGAGCUGAGCAUUCAGAAAGGAGAGCUGACCGCCCAGCUCAGUGAGAAAAGAAGCCAGCUGUCCCUCGUCACCCAGAAUAUCCGAAAAGAGGAAGAGAAGCUGCAGGAUAUCCUGGGACUGACAGCGAAGCACAAGACAGAACUGAAGCACAUUCUCGAAAUGCUGCAACUUGAAAAUGGUGAACUGGAGGGUGUAAAGCUCCAACACAGACAAAAAAUUAAUGAGCUGGAAAAAAUGCAAGUAGCCGUCCUAGAGGAGAAACUGGAGUUGGAGGCACUGCAGCGAGCGUCCCAGCAGCAGCGAGGGGAAGCAGAACACCAGAGGCAGCUGCUUGAGAGGGCCCAGCGGGAAGCCGAGCAGCUGAACUCUCAGUGCCACACUCUGCAGAACAGCAUCAAGGCAUUGAGCAGCGAGAAACAGCAGCUGGAAGACAACUGCCAGUGUUUGCAGCAGAAGUUGUCACAAACUAAAAGAACUUUAGCUGCUACCGAAGACAGCAGUAAAGCAGCCCUCACCAGCAUAGAGAACAUGGACUCCGAUGUCCAAAAACUGCAGCUAGAGAUUAACCAGCUACAAAAACAGAAAAAAUCUCUAAAUGAAGACAUUGCAGACCAGCAGAAGCAUUUCCAUGAAAAAAAGGAGGAACUGACUAUACUGAAGAAUGAACUGAAUGAUUCCAGACAGCAUUUACAGCUCUUAGAAAAGGAGGUGAAAAGUGCUGCAAAGCGGAAAGAAGAAGCGCUUCGAGAACAAGCAGCCCUGGAAGAAAACAUCAGAGAAUAUUCAAGGAAAUGCAGGGAGUGCCAAGAAGCACAAAGGGAAAGAGAAAACCAGCUGCAGAAGCUUUGCAAGGAAAUGGAAGAGCAAGAGCUGGAACGGGCUCAACAAGAAGCGAUCAUUCAGAACCUCAGGGAAGAGAUAUGGCACGAAGAAAAGAAACUGGAGGAGUGCACAGCUAAAUUGAAGGACCAGAAACAGCUAUUUGAACAAGAGCUGGCAGACCACCGGAGCCAACUGCAGCAAGCGGUUGCCAAAGUCCAGGAGGCGGAAGAACGGGUCCAGAAGCUUCAGAAGGAAGAGUCCUGGUGCGCAGCCCUGGAAGAAACCAUCAGCAAAACCCGGCAUCAGCUUACUGAUAAAGACCUACAGCUGCAAGAAAAGGUGGCUGAGGUUUUACACCUCCAGAGAGAGCUGGAUCUCUCAAAGGACGAGGAGGUUGUGCUCCAAGGCCAGAUCCAAGCAGAGAGGAGAAAAGCUGACAAGCAAAUAGCAGGUCUGAGGGAAGCCAUCAAGACACAACGGGCCCAACUCGAGAAAGCUCUUCAGGAGCAGAAACGCGAGAAUAGCCGUUUGCAGAAAGAAGUAGCCUCCAUCGAGCAAGUGGCCCAAGACAACCACCAGCGAGCAAAGCGGCUGAUGAGGGACCUUAGCCAGAUCCAGGAGGAGUACGUGCAGCUCAAGUCACAGAUGAGGAGCCAAGAGGAGCUGGAGAAACAACAGAAACAGCUCAAGGGGACAGUGAAGACACUGAAACAGGAAGUGAAAGACAAAAUGAGGCAUGGUUUGAAAGACUUGAGCCAGUCCCCUACAGGGGCAUCGGAGGAUCCGGAGGAAACCUUUGACGUGCAGGGGAGGCUGCAGAAUGGUGUAGAAUGUCUAAAGGAAAACUAUCCAUUUGCAGCUGAGGAGGCCAGAGUGCUGGGCUUUGAUGAAAAGCUGGACAUGUCCAAAGUCCACAUCACGGAUGAACAGUGGCGAGGAAAAGCACGCCGAGAACAACUGCAGCACCACGAAGAUCGGCUGAAGGCUCGGCUUUGGCAGUGCAUGUCGAAGCAAGUGGAGGUGUUAAUUAAAGGAAAGCAGCAGACAGAGGGCACCCUCCAUAGUCUCAAGAGGCAAGUGGACGCGCUGGAUGAGCUGGUGGGCAACUCUUCAACGGACUCUCUUGGUCCAUCCUUAAAUUCCUCAGCAUCGCUCUCUGAAGACCUGAGUUUCUCAAGGAAUCAGUCUUCCAGAUCCCUUUUUAUACCACGAACAUUUGAGUCUGCACAAUCUCUGAACAGGCACCAUUACACAGCUUGAUCUCAGCAAAACAGGAAAAGUAGUGAUGUACUAUCACAUGGGUUCAAAUUAGCUGAAGACUGCUACCUCAUUUGCUUAUAUGGACAUUACUUUGGGACAUUUUCCACGCAUCAUUUUUUUUAAUGCAUACUCCAUUGAGUAUGUAAUCGUGAAGGGUUUUUUUGCAGUUCCUGACAUUCAAGUAUGAAGUUUGAAGAGCUCUACUGAAGCACAUGAACAGCCUUAGUCUCAGCUGUACCUUUGCAGGGAAGAAAACUAAAGAUAAAGAGUUCAGGUUUUUAUAUUUUUACAACUGUUUGGAAAAAUAUUUGUAAUAUUUUCGUAAUAAAAAUUUGCCAAAACAA